AUGUCUUUUGAUAUAUUUUGGGAUAAGCUUGAUAGACAAGUAGCACAAAAAGUUCAAGAUAUAAUAAAUGAACAUUUUCGUAAUACGAAUAAUAAACCUUCGUUUAUAGGGAAUAUAGAAAUAUCGGAUUUUGAUUUUGGUACUCUGCCACCAUCAAUUGAAAUUAUUGAUGUCACAGAUCCUUUUCCAGAAUUUUAUUUACCCGAUGAUGUUGUAGAAGUUGAUGUUAGAUCUGAUUCUGCUGAAUCGAGAAUACUAGGAGACGGAAUAAGAAAUGGAACCAGUAGUAAUGGGGUUGGAGUCGGGAUUGGAGUCGGGAGGGAAGGAAUGAGAGAUAGGCUUGUUAGUAAUGAACAACAAAUCUCGCAAAAUAUUUCUCCCUCUUCCAAAUCACCGUCACUUACAUCUACACCUUUAUCGCCCAUGAUUUCAUCCUCUUCGAAUGCUUCAGAUACUUCUACAGAUUAUUUAUAUUUUCAGAGGCAACAGCUAAGGUUACGAGAACAAGCAAGGACCGGAGUUCCAUUACAAUUAAGAGAGGAUUAUCACGAUAAUUUACACUCUGAAGAAGAAGUACCAUCGAAGCAAGAUACUGAUGCACAAAUUCAUAUUGCAAUAACUUACAAAGGAAAUAUGAAAAUGACCAUUUCUACCGAAUUAUAUAUGAAUUAUCCUAGUUUAAUGUUUAUGAGUUUACCUGUUAGGUUGACCGUAACAGGAUUCGAAUUUUCUGCUACAGCUGUGAUUGCAUAUCUUCGACAUCGAAUUAAUUUUUGUUUUUUGGAACCAAAAGAUCCUGAAGAAAGCCUUUUAAAAGAUGUUCACAUUGAUUCUGAAAUCGGUGAUAAAGAAAAGCAAGUUUUGAAGAAUGUAGGAAAACUAGAGAAAUUUAUUGUUGAUCAACUAAGGAAAUUAAUCGAUGAAGACCUUGUAUUUCCAAGUUAUCAAUCUAUUGAAUUAUAA